AUGGAAUUUCUCACCGAGCUGGGCUGAAAGCUGAACUUUGAGUACGUUACUCGCGGCUACAUGUUUCGCAAGGGGCGAAUGAAGAUCACCGUGUCGAAGAUCUUCAAGGUGAACCAGGGUAAGGUGCCAAAGAGCGUGCCGGAGAUGAUAUCACAGAGCUACUUGGUGGAGCUUAAUGUGCUGGCUCCAAGCGGGCAGGAUACCGUAGCAGAGGACAUAAGGAUAUUCGCGGAACAGCUGCGACCUUUGGUGCAAUUGGAGAAAAUAGAUUAC